AUGUCAAACCUUACGAAAUUAGAGUUCACGACUCUUGACAUCACUAGAAAGAAUUACUUUUCAUGGAUUCUAGAUGCUGAAAUUCAUUUUGCCAUUAAUGGUCUUGGAAAUACUAUCAAAAAUGAAAACACUGCGUCCGACCAAGAUAAGGCCAAAGAAAUGAUUUUCCUUCAUCGUCUUAUUCACGAAGGUUUAAAAAUUGAGUAUCUCAUUGGGAAAGAUCCAUUGGUCCUAUGGAACAAUUUGAAUGAAAGGUACGAUCAUUUAAAAACUAUCAUUCUUCCAAAAGCUCAAUUUGAAUGGUUGCAUUUGCGCAUACAAGACUUUAAAUCAGUGAGUGAACAUAAUUCUGCUUUAUUUCGGAUUACUUCUCAACUCAAACUACGUGGAGAAACUAUUACUAACAGAGAAAUGUUAGAGAAAACAUUCUCCACAUUUCAUGAAUGUGCUCCUACAACAGCAAUAUCGUGCAAAAGAGGACAACAUCGUAGUCGUGGUCGUGGUCGUGGUCAUUUUUCAGGCCAUGCCCGCGAAAAUAGUCAUGGACGUGGUGGUGGUGGUCGACACAAUAUCCGCAACGAUGAUAAAAAGAAUCAAAUUAAUAAGACCGUGGAAAACAAAUGCUAUCAUUGUGGCAUGAAAGGUCACUAG